CUCUCCCCCUCACCAAGACCUGUGAUAAUAACAAAAUAUUUCACUGUUCAGCACAAAAUAAUAUUAUUAUUGUCUCUUGUAACGACUCCAACCUGGGUCUUAGACCUUAGUGGUCACUAAUAAGUAAUAGUUUUAUAGCAUCGAAGACAGCGCGUGCGUCUCGUACAUGCUAUUGUAAAAUUGUUUACAUUAAUAAUAGUAUUAUAGUUUUAUACACCUACUCGUGUGUUUUUUUUAAAACAAUAUUCCGUCGUACGACGUCUAUCCGCUUUUCGUCCGAAAAACCGAUCGGUCAUCAGUUGUCGCGUAGUGUUUUUUUAAAAUUAAUUAAUAAUAAAACGAUCGUUAGUUUAAAUCGCGGUAAGUCCACAGCGAAAUGGACGAUUUCGUGGUAUACUAUAAUGUAGUCUGUAAUAAUUGUAACCGUCGACGGACGACGAUAUUUUACUCGACACGUCCGUGUCCCGAAAACAAAUCGAAUUAAUAUGUAUUAUUUUUACAUCGUCGUUGGUCGUGGAUCUCCCGGUAAUCGGGAAUUAAUUGGUUAUCAAGAUGUGUUAAAAAUUCAACCCGAUUCGUGUUUAAUCGAUUUUUUACAAUGUAUUGUAUCCAUUACUAUGCAUGCACUAUUCAUCAUCACGUUUUCAUUGAUUGCUCUGCUCUCGGUGAAGAGUUUUAAAAAAAAGAAAUUUGUUCGUUUUAAAACGCCAACUGUUUUUGAGAAAUACCUACUACGUUAUGGCGAGUCCAACAGCAAUGAGCUAAUGGGAUUGUGUACUGUCGGUGUCAAUUAAUAUUGCUUUAUGCCCGUAGUAUUUUUUUUGUUUAUUAAAUAAUCUGAUCGAGUCUAUAAUUUUUUAACUAUGGAUCACAACAAGUUCUAUCGAUGGAUGAAGACUCAAUUAGUGUUCAUGGAUCUACUGCUGAUUCCAUUGAAGCGUUUGAUGAACUCCAAGUGCUUGACGAAAUCACAGAUGAAACCGACAAUAUUAUUGAAGGUGAUGACCAAUUAGAUGAAGAAUUUGAUACUAGAAGUGAAGCCAGUUCUAGUUCCAUAGAUGAAACUUCAACAAGAAAUAAGAUUAAAUCCGAAAGAUACAUAAGAAUAGAAGAAGAUACACCAACUAAGAAAAAACCAUCUGAAGAAUAUUUAUCUCAACUAAAACUCUUGUUGAAAGAAGCUCGUUUUUUCAUUAUUAAAAGUAAUAAUUAUGAAAAUAUUGAGUUGGCUAAAAUUAAAAAUUGUUGGUCUACGAGACCAUGGAAUGAGACAAAGUUAAAUCAAGCUUUUAGAACAUGUAAGAAUGUAAUUUUGAUAUUUUCAGUUAAAGAAAGUGGUAAAUUUGCAGGGUUUGCUAGAAUUUCUGAAGCAGCUAGAUAUGAUUUGUCACCAGUUGGUUGGGUACUACUUGGAAGUCGUAAUUUAUCGGGUGUAUUUAAAGUUGACUGGAUUACUACAAAAGAGUUAGAAUUCAAUGAUACUUCUCAUUUAUAUAACGCAUAUAAUGAAGGAAAAACUGUCAAAAUUGCUCGUGAUGGCCAAGAAGUUGAUGCUAAAACAGGAUUACAAUUGUGCUCAAUGUUUCUAGAAGACAAAUCAAUUGAUUUUCAGUACAUUUUAAAAAAAGCUAAAAAUCAUCAGCCCUCUAUAAGUACAGCCGAAUUACGACAACGACGUAGAGUGCUUGGUUUACCAGAUGAAGGACCAACAAGUAAAGAAUAUAUAAAUGCUUACCGAUUUGGGAUACCACAUAAACAACCACCAAGAAUGUUAUCACAUCCAUAUUAUGUGCGCCCACCUUUGUAUCCAUCAUACCAAUAUAAUUUAAGCGGAUCACCAAUGGUACAACGUUAUUAUGACGAUGUACCAUUGCCUACUUUUCGGCUUCCCAUACAUGUUCCAGAUACGUACGGAAGGCCGUUAGAAGAUUACUAUAAAAGAGACCGAUUAGUUAAUCUCAGGGAAUAUCAUUCAAGUCAAAGACGUGAAAAAGAACGCCAUACUCAUCGACAUCGUUAUCAUUAAAAUUUUUAAAAAUACAUUCAAAAGAUCCUCCUUAGAUUACUAAUACUGAAAUAUUAGUAUUAAGAUUACUAGUCUUAAAAGUAAAUACAUUUUAUUGUUAUUAUUAUUUUUGUAUAAUUGGAAAUUUUAUCCUACUAUGAUAUUAUGUUGUUUAUUUAAUUUAUUAUUAUUAUAAUGAUUAUAAAUGGUUCUAAGUUAUUAUUUUGUACAAACAUAAGUGAUUAUUAAGACUUAUUUUUGUUUUAAGUAAUACUCUUAUUGUUUUAUGAUUUUGAUCAACUUUCAUUUCUCUUUUAUAAUACUUGAUUUAAUUUUUUACAUUUUUCAUUGCGACUUUAAGUACCAAUUUAAAAUUUAAAUUCAUGUACACAUUCGUAUUUGGACGCUGUGUGUUUUUAUAAGUAUUUGAUGUUGUAAAUAUAUUUUUCUCUUUAAUCUAUACUGAACUUAAA